AUGGCCACGGGCAGAGUUGAGCACACCGAUGAGGACAACAUUUCUGAGGACAUUGUGAAUGCCACCAAUCUGAUUGCUGGGGACAGCAAGGGAAUUUCAGCCACCCCAUUGACCUUGUUGGUGAAGAAGAAUGGUGUGCCUGAUUUGACCAUGGUUGACCUCCCUGGAAUCACUAGGGUUCCAGUUCGUGGCCAGCCUGAGAAUAUCUAUGAUCAAAUCAAAGAUAUAAUCAUGAAGUACAUAAAGCCCGAAGAGAGCAUCAUUUUGAAUGUGUUAUCUGCUUCUGCUGAUUUUAGCACAUGUGAGUCAAUUAGUAUGUCGCGGAGUGUGGAUAAAACCGGUGAGAGGACUCUGGCUGUGGUUACAAAGGUUGAUAUGGCACCAGAGGGACUGCUGGAGAAGGUUACAGCUGAUGAUGUGCAUAUUGGUCUUGGCUAUGUCUGCGUAAGGAACCGGAUUCGAGAUGAAACGUAUGAGGAGGCGAGGACUAUUGAGGAUCGAUUAUUUGAAACUGAUCCUUUUCUUUCAAAGAUUGACAAGUCUGUGGUUGGAAUUCAGGUUUUGGCUGACAAGUUGGUCCAAAUUCAAGCUGCUAGCAUAGCUAGAAACUUGCCUGAUAUUGUAAAGAAGAUCAAUGACAAGCUGAAUUCUUACCUUUCAGAGCUCAACAAAAUGCCGAAAAAGCUGUCAUCUGUUGCUGAGGCCAUGACUGCUGUUAUGCAGAUCAUUGGAACAUCCAAAGAAUCACUUAAGAAAAUUCUUGUGAGGGGAGAAUUUGAUGAGUUCCCGGAUGACAAACACAUGCAUUGCAAGGCUAGGCUUGUUGAGAUGCUCAAUAAGUGCUCAGAUCAGCUUCACGAGUGCAAUGUGAGUGACCCCAAAAGUAAUUUCUUACUGGAGGAGAUUGCGAUUUUGGAGGAGGCCAAAGGUAUCAACCUUCCCAAUUUUGUUCCGCGCAAUGCUUUUCUUAUAGUUUUGCAGGGUAAAGUUAAGGGGAUUUCGAGCAUACCUAUUGGGUUUGUUGAGCAGGUUUGGAGUUAUAUUGAGGAUGUGGUUUUGUCUGUGUUAAGGAGAAAUACAGAAAACUAUUACCAUGUUCAAUUGUCUGCCAGAAGAGCAGGCCAUAAUCUUAUUGAAAAGAUGAAAGAAAGGUCGAUCAAUUGGAUGACGGAGAUAGUGGAAAUGGAGAAACUAACUGAUUAUACAUGUAAUCCGGAAUAUCUAUCCGAAUGGCAUAGGCUCAUGACUGAACAAGAAACAUUCAUCCAAAAGGUCUUGCGUGACGCUGAGAUAAACAUAAAUGUAAAGGGAAUUGGGAUGGUUGAAGUUGGAGGUCUAAGGAAGUACACACAUGUCCUGUUGUCUCAAGCUUUCGACUUGAAAAUGCGGAUGACUGCGUAUUGGAAUAUUGUGCUGAGAAGGUUGAUUGAUAUCAUGGGUUUGCAUUUGCAGCUGAGUGUUUCAAACCUUGUGAACAAGGACCUGGAGAUGAAGAUUAUGAAUGAGCUACUGGGACCUAACCAUGGUGCUGGGAUUGAGAGGAUGCUGGAGGAACCUCCAUCAAUGGCAGUGAAGCGCCAGAAGCUCAUCAAGAGCAUCAAAAAGCUCAAGGAGUCUAAAGAGGUUGUGUGUAAGAUCAUGGACGACAGGUUUACUUACGCCGAUUACCUUUUGUGAUAGAUAACUAAGGAGUCCAGUUAAAUUAUGGUAUGUUUCGUGUGAAAGAAGGCAUUUUGCCAAUGAUGUGUGGUUGAUCUGUUUGUACUUAAUUAUGGAUCUGCAUUUUGUUUAUCAUGUACCUGGUUGGUUGAUGUUCUUGUGUGACUUAAUUAUAAGCACAUUCUGUUUUUGUC